AUGGCCCCGGCGGGAGGAGCCCAGCGCCCGGGGCGUGGACAAGCCGGGGAAAAGUUCCUGCAGAUUCCGAAGGCGGGGCGGGUAGGGGAGCCCAGGGAGCCAGCCCUGCCGGGAAGCAGAGCACGGUCUCCGCUGGGGGCCCUGGCGGCGUCGGGGCCGGGAGCGCAGCGGCCUCAGGGACCGAUCCGGACCUGGCCGGCCCGCCAAGCCACGACGCCCUCGGGGCUCCUCGUGACGGGCUCCUCCUUCGCGGCGUUCCGAGGUCUGCACUGGGGGCUGCAGCUGCUGCCCACGCCGGGAUCUGCUGCUCAGCACCGUUGGAAGUGGCGGAACAUCUGUGUCUCCCUGGUGCACAGCCUGCUCACGGGAACCGGGGCGCUGCUCGGGCUGUCGCUGUACCCUCAUAUGGCUGCCGACCCGAUUCAUGGCCACCCGCCCUGGGCCCUAGUGCUGGUGGCUGUGUCUGUGGGUUAUUUCCUGGCAGAUGGAACUGACAUGCUGUGGAACCAGACUCUGGGCCAAGCCUGGGAUCUCCUCUGUCACCAUUUAGUGGUAGUGACCUGCCUCAGCACUACUGUUCUGUCUGGCCACUACGUGGGCUUCUCCAUGGUGUCUCUGCUCUUGGAGCUAAACUCAGCCUGCUUGCAUCUGCGGAAGUUGCUACUACUUUCUCACCAGGAUCCAUCCCUGGCCUUCAGCCUGACCAGCUGGGCCACCCUGGUCACCCUGGCCCUCUUCCGCCUGGUACCACUGGGGUGGAUGAGUCUGUGGCUGCUCCGGCAGCGCCAUCAGGUGCCUCUUGCUCUGGUUAUUCUUGGUGGAACUGGGCUGGUCACUGUGGGUGCCAUGAGCAUCACACUGGGUGUCCAAAUUCUGGUCAGCGAUGUACUGCAACCUUGGCCCCACCCACCUGUCCCCGGGCACAAGGAAACCAGGGGGACCAAGACGUGUUGUGAUGGUGAGCCUGUCGCCAGGGGCGAUUCCACUCUCGGCUUAAAAGACUAG